GUCACCUUUUCACACCAUCAUUCACUCCAUUAUCAACUCCAAACCAUCUUUUAUAUUUAGAUUCAGGAAUGUACAUUGAAAAAGUUACAAGUAAGUUCGAAGCUGUGGAAAUGAAUAUUUAUAAUUUGAUGAACAAAGAAAAG